AUGCUUGUUCAUGGUAUCACCAACAAACUGGACGUCCCAUCCAAAGCUGCGACCGAAUCGUCUUCCCAGGCGACUACAUCAGGCUUCCUCCCUUCUCCAGCACAAGGCUCGGCGCAGCGCCAACAGGAGCGUACAGAGUCCUUCUCGACGAUUGGGGCAGGUUCGGAUCAGAAAGUCAAUCUAAGUCACCUCGAGUCCCCUGCUGAUUCAAAAGGCGAUGUGGCCGACGACACUCCUUAUCCCCUCGAAAAUCCCCCAGCAGCUGACGACGAUUUUGAAUGGGAUGAACGGGAAUCUUCGUGGAAUAUUGCGGAUCCCGGUGCCGGCCGUUCAGCAUUUGGGGAUGAUGUCGAGUCUGAGAUCCCCAAAAUCACAGACGGAAUGGCCACGUUGACUGCUGACGACUCGAAUGCUGGCUUUCUUGGAUCCGUCUCGGGCUCCGCUCUCCUACGGCUCAUUUGGAGGGGUACAGGCACCGAAAACAAGACAGAUACAAAGAGUGCACGACGGGAAAGUCUGGAGCAACUCUUCAGCCAUCGCUCGAAUGAGCAUCCGGCAACCGCUACCCCCUGGCUGCGGGCACAGCCUCUGUUCACCCGGGCGGUUGUUGAUACACUCAUCGAUGCCUAUUUUGCUCUCUACCACCCAACCUUUCCCAUCCUCCAUGAAGCUACUUUCCGUGAACAGUACGCGAAGCUCAACAGCCGCACCAUGGGAAGCACAUGGCACACCCUGGCGAAUCUCGUCGCGGCUCUUGGUUCCUUUGUCUCGAGUACUUCCUCGGAUGAUACCCACGUCACUCUUUUCAACGGCGUGAAAGCGAAUUUGUCCAUCAACUCGCUAGAGACUGGAAGUCUUAGUCUGGUCCAGGCAUUUGCCAUGGCUGCAAAUUACCUGCAAAAAAGAAACAGACCCAAUAGUGGCUACAACUACGGAGGCAUUGCGCUGCGGCUCGCCAUCUCGCUGGGACUCCACAAGGAGUUUCGUGGAUGGCAGACUGCGCCGUUCAAGAAGGAGAUCCGGAGGAGAGUAUGGUGGUCGCUCUGUGUGCUGGAUGUCGGCGCAACCGUGACUUAUGGCAGACCAUUGAAUUGGCCACAAGUAGGAGUCGAUAUCCCGUUUCCGCUGAAUAUCCACGAGAAGGAUCUCCAAAUGGACUCUACGUCUUGCCCACCCGAGGUCAAUGAGGCCACCAUCUACACAUACGUCCGAACUCAGUCAUCCUACCAUCUUCACACAAUCAGAAUCUACAAUCGACUCAUUUCUAAUCCCAUUCCUUCUGCCGCUGAGCUGAUCUCCCUCGAUGAUGAGCUCAUCGACGGCUGGCUAAGUAGCCUUCCUCCCUAUUUCCGCGACGACAACUUACCACUUCCCAACGAGUAUCUUCUGGGUCAUGCCAUCAGCCGCUGGCGCUUUCGAAUCAUGCGCAUCAUCAUGUACCGCCCGUUCUUGGUCCGAUCAGCACAAGACGGCCUGGACGGCACCACAGUAGCCGCUGUCCCGCCGGCGCAGAACGCUUCUGCUGAAACAAUUGCCACCAAUCGGUGCUUCAAGGCCGCUGAGGAGUGCAUUUCGGCCAUUUUCCAGUUUUGGUCAUCGGGAACUCACACUAGGCUUGCGGCUUGGUAUGUCCUAUAUUUCCUACUCCAAGCGGCGUUGAUUCCGAUCCACUGUCUGCGGCGCAACCCAAAUCACCCGGAUGCCAGCUCAUGGCGGGAUCAAGUCCUGACAGCUCUGAGCAUAAUCAACGCAAUGAACGACCUAAACCCAAGUGCCCCAAAGUGUCGAGAUAUCAUUUACCGACUCUGUGGAGAGAGUCUGGACUACAAACCCCGGCCGCAGUCCCAACAGCCUCGUCCGCCAUCGAAUGUGCAGACCCAACAAGAUGCGGGUGCCUCGUGGACAAACUUUCCAAACUCGGGAGCCGGGUUCACCACGCCGCCUUUCACCUUUCCGACUACGGAUUCUACUGACACGAGCAUGAAUGCCUGGAUGACCGAGAUCGACACCGUCAUUGACGGCUACGAUAUCUACUGCGAUCGUCUGAGCCACGCGGCCAUGGCUGGGAUGGGUGAUCUAGGCAGUGCCGGCGAAGCUGGACCACCAGGGGCAUUCGCGAGCAAUGACGGAACACAAAUUGGGACGGGGGUUCAAGACUGGGAUUGGGGCCUGAUGCUGUAA